GCUAAUUGAUCAUUUGUUCUAAUUUAAGGGUUUCUCCCCUUCAAAAAUCUGAAGUCGUUGAGAUGGUUAAGAAGCAAGUCAAAGUCAUAACACUUGCAAUUGGUGACGGAGCCAAUGAUGUCAGCAUGAUCCAGACGGCACAUGUUGGCGUGGGUAUAAGCGGGAAUGAAGGCCUUCAGGCAGCUAAUUCUUCUGAUUACUCCAUCGCGCAGUUCAAGUAUUUGAAGAAUUUAUUGAUGGUUCACGGUGCCUGGAACUAUAACAGAGUCUCCAAGUGCAUUUUGUACUGCUUCUACAAGAAUAUAGUCCUCUAUAUUAUCGAGGUAAUCGCCGGUUAAGUUUUAA